UGUAAUCCAUUUCCUUUAUAAAUGGUUUAUUUAAAUAAUUACACUUGUACUAAUUGUAUGUUUGAGUGUGAGAAAUGUAACAUUUAUGAAGGGAUGCAGGAAACUGGUUAGCUGGAUUUGAGUCCUGGAGGUGGGAAGUACAGUGCCUUGCGCUCUGAAGGAGGGGUGGAGAUAUGUUGCAGUUUUUGAACUGUAGUAUCAGCAUGCCUUUGGCAAAACAGUGAUGGAGUGAAUGAUAAUGAAAGUGUUUCUUCUUUUUCAGUUCACCCUGCCUUGGCAGGAAAUGGCUGAUGUGUUAAUAAAAAAAACAUUUUCACUGAACAACAUUGAAUAGAUAUGCACAUUAAUACUCACUUCUAUAUUUCAGGUAUAUUCAGAGAUAUGAGAAACCCUUGCAAGAUGUCUCUACUUUCUUUAGCCCGUGCAUGGGCUUCACUCCCAGAUAUAAUCACCAGAAGCUGCUGCUAUGUACUAAAUUUAUUAAUUUGGAAUAAAAAUUAUAUUUAUUGAAAAACAAUACAGGUAGAUAAAUUGUGAAACGAGAUAUUAGUGUCCGCCAGUGAUGAUACGUUGAUCACGGAAUGAAAGGAACGCCAUACUAAUUUAUAGUAUUUAAGGACAAAUAUAAUUACUGUAUUACACAGUGAGUGAUGACAAUUCAAAUGGAAAAUAAAAUCUUUGUGAUAUGGACUUACGAUGCUGGGUGAUUUUUAUUUUUAGUAUAUUUUUAUUUUUAUGUACAAUUUGAAGAACCUUUUUAUUGUACUUUUGCUAAGCUGCAAACUACUACUUGGUGUUUACAACAUCAAGUACCAAGUUUUACCUAUGAUAAUGAACACUGUACUUUAAUGGUGAUUGUAUGAAGCAGUAUGGCCAGCUGGUAUCCUGAUAUAGAAAUGGAGGAAACAGGUGUUGGUGCACGAGGACGAGGAAAUGGAAAUAAUACCACAGGGGCACGGGGUUGUAUCCGCACACGCCAGUACACUGGUACUUCCUAUAGAGACAGUGGGGAAAUAAAGUUCUGCAUAUCAGAGUACAAGAGUGAUGCAUUUCAGAUGAUGUUACUGAUGAAAAGCAAUCAAAUGUUGACCGAUGUCAAACUUGAAGUUGGCAGGGAAAUCUUCCAUGGCCACAAAAUUGUUCUUGCAGCAGCCAGCCCAUAUUUCAAGGCUAUGUUUACUGGUGGCUUACGGGAGUGUGAAAUGGAUACAGUAAAGCUACAAGGUGUCUGUCCUACAGUCCUGGCUCACCUUCUCUGCUUCAUGUAUACUGGCGAGAUUGUCAUCAACGAGAUGCUCGUGUGUCAGCUUCUUCCUGCAGCCACUAUGCUCCAGAUGAACCAUGUAAUUGAUGCAUGCUGCACUUUCCUCGAGCAACAACUUGAAGCUGGGAAUGCCAUUGGCAUUGCGAGCUUUGCUCAGCAACAUGGCUGCAUGGAUUUGUAUCGCAAGGCCAAUACAUUUAUAGAACAACAUUUCUCAGAGGUUUCAAUGGAAGAAGAGUUUUUGCAGUUAUCUAGUUGCCAGUUAGUCAACCUCAUCCAGCGAGAUGAACUUAAUGUACCUGAUGAGAAGGAUGUAUAUAAUGCUGUUCUUAAGUGGGUAAUGCAUGAUGAAGAUAAUAGACAACCUAAAAUGGAACAUAUUCUCCAGGCAGUCAGAUGCCAGUACUUAUCCCCACGAUUCUUAACUGAGCAGAUGAAAAACUGCAAGUUGUUAAUGAAGGCUCCUGCUUGUAGAGAAUACCUAGCAAAAAUAUUCCAGGCGAGUAAUUUAGCAGCAUUUGUAUUUUUUGUAAAAUUUAGUUUGUAUAAAUGUGCAAACUGCUGGAAGAUGACUCCCCAUUCUAGGGAUUGACCCUCUGACCUCUCAAAUGGGAGUUGAGUGUGUCACCACCUGGCCACAGGAGGUCAUAGUACUGUAUUUUUGUCAGAAGAUGUUACUCUAAGAGUAAAACCUUCUCAAGACAAAUCAGAUGUAGUGCUGAAGUGUCUGACUCUGCCUCAGUAACAAUGUUGAAUGUAUCUUUAGAUUAUUAUUAUAAUCAAAAAAGAAGCUCUAAGCCACAAGGGCUAUACAGCGUAUCUUUUUAGAAAUGUGAUAGUUUGUGAUAUUUAGCUUGUACUUGUACAAGAGGUCAUGAUUAUAAUACUUUCAGAUAUAGUACUUUCAGAAUACAGUAGGGCCCCACUUUAUGGAGUUUCACUUAAUGGCAUUCCACUAAUGCUAUACGGCUCCACCUGACUUUCUAAUACGGUCACCACACGCCACCCAGUUUGUUUACAUUCUCCGUGAGCAUGGCUGUCCAUUAUUUCUGGAAACUUUCCAAAA